AUGAGUGUGGCACCACCAAAGUCAGCGCUGGCAGGGAAACGCCUGAUGGUGCUGGUGAAUCCGAUCGGCGGAGCGCGGCAGGGGCGAGUCAUUUGCAACACGCGCGUCCUACCGUUCCUGGUGGCUGCGGGCGUCGAGGUCGAGGUCGUUGAAACGCAGUACCGUGGCCACGCGCUCGAGCUGGCACGAGAGACAGACUGGACCAGGUACGACGCUGGGCUGCUGUGCAUUGGUGGCGACGGGCUCAUCCAUGAGGUUAUCAACGGGAUUGUGCAGCAGUACGAUGACGACCAAGCGACAAAUUCGCAUGGCCCCAAUCAACAACACACACCACAGACCGACAACGCCGCUCAGCAGCCGUCCAACGCAAGUCCACUGACAAUUCCGAUCGGCGUUAUUCCUGCUGGCUCUGGCAAUGGGCUUUGUGCAAGUCUCGGAAUCACCACUCCAGAGCAAGUGGUGGAUGCAAUGCUUGCCGGGUUUACCGCACCGCUCGAUUUGUUCAGGACAUCGUUGCAAAUCCCUCCCCACCACCACCACCACCCUCACCACCACUCGUCGAAUGAUACGGACGAAGAGUACUCCACGAGCAACACGGCUGCUAAACCGUUCUGCCCGAGCCCGCUGGACGAAACCGCGCAUGAUGAUUUGUCCACUUUGGGCAACGUCGGAUUCUUGAGCGUCGCUUGGGGAUUUUUGGCCGAGUUCGACCAUCUUGGCGAAGGCAAGCUGCGCUGGAUGGGCCCGCUGCGGCGGACACUGCUCCCGCUGUACUUGCUUGGCAUGAAACGAAUCCAACACGGUCGAAUCGUGUUUGAAGGGGUGGUUUCGCCCGACCCUUGCGCCAUUCCAGAGCAGCCCGACUACCUCAAGACACCUGCCGACCGUCUCAAAGUGCACCAGAGUACGCUCAACCAAGACAACCAGAGUCAAGACCCCGGCUAUGUGCAAAGCGGCGUUCUGACGGCUCGCUACUCGAACAAUGGAACCCGUGUUGAGCUAGAAGGCCCGUUUGUCAACGUGAUGGUGUGCAACACGCCAUGCAUUGCUGACGAGGCUCUGGCGGCCCCGUUUUCUCGCUGCCACAAUGGUCUGCUCGAUGCCGUGGUCUUUGAGGACGAAAACCGCUUUCAAAUUGCAAUGGCCUUGGAUGGCAUGACCAAUGGGUCGGUGGUGAUGCACCGCCACAUGCGGUACUACCAAUGCCGCUCGUUCACCAUUCUCCCAUCCACUCCAGGGUACAUGGCGAUUGACGGCGAAGUGAUUCCCGCGCAGCCCAUCACCGUUUCUGUCUGGCCGCGCGCCGUUCGCGUGUACUCUCCCAAGCAUAUUCCAUAG